GUGCUAUCAUCAAAAUAUUUUCACAAUAAUUUAUCGGAAACAUCUUCGAUCAAGAAGAAGAAUUUCCUCUCCUAUCCUUCUUCAUCUUCAAUAACAUCAUUACGUAAUUUUUCCAAGAGAAAUCCAAUCACUUCAUCUCCAAAUUCUUCCUCCGAACAACAAGGUCAAGAGUAUGAUCCACAAAAAAUCAGUAGAAAUGCUGUUGUGAAAGCCAUUGCUGGUAACGCCUUCAUUACUGGUAUCAAAUUUAUGGCUUAUCUUUCCUCUGGAAGUGCAACCAUGUUGGCUGAAACUUGCCACUCUCUCAUCGACUCUUUAAAUCAAGGAUUAUUAUUUCUGGGUAUUAAACAAUCAUCAAGAACUCCGGAUCAGAAAUAUCAAUAUGGAUACGGAAGAGCUCGUUACUUUUAUUCACUAGUUAGUGCAUUGGGUAUUUUCUGGGUAGGCAGUUUUUCCGUCAUGUAUAAUGGAAUUCAAACUUUGAUACAUCCAAUUACAGAAAGUUUUACAUCAAAUAAUGUAGCUACUGAGCACUCUUUGACAGAGUCGAUAGCUGCCUCUCAUCAUCAUUUAAUUGACAAGGAGUCUUGGUCUUAUUCACUAUUAUCAAAUUUUAUGCCAGAUCAAAUGGUCACUACAAUGAUUUGUAAUUAUGGUCUAGUCACACCAGUGGUACUCUUUAUUUCAUUAAUAAUUGAUGGAGGAGUUCUUUUGAGUGUAAUCAAAGAUUUGAAAGAAGAAAAACCAAAAGAUAUGGGAAUAUUGACCUACCUCAAAGGUAUACAGGAUCCUAUGGUAUUGGCUGUACUUCUUGAAGAUUUGGCUGCCUGUUUGGGUGUUUUUAUUGCCUUUGGUGGAAUUGGCAUGUCAGUGUACACAAACAAUCUUGUCUAUGAUACAGUUGCUUCAUUGGCUAUUGGUGGUUUAUUAGGAGUCGUCUCUCUUUCCCUCAUCGAACUUAACAAGAAUUAUUUAAUUGGUAGAAGUAUUGAUAGUAAGACCGAAGCUAGAGUUAGAGAAAUUCUAAUGAGAAGGGAGUCGAUUGAGGCUGUCUAUGCAAUUCAAUCACAGUGGCUCAGUCCAACCAGUUUUAGUAUUACUAUUGAAGUUGAUUUUAAUGGUCACUAUUUUUGUAAAGUACUCAAAGAGCUAGGAUAUGAAAAGGAGUUUAUCAGAAAGGGUAAAGAUGUUAAAGAACUUAUGAAACUCCUCAACUGGUAUACUGAAGAUGUUACCAAGGCUAUGGAGAGAGAAAUUAUUGACAUUGAGGAUGAUAUCAGAAGACAAAUUCCAGAAGCAACAUUUAUAGAGUUAGAACCUAGUAGUAAUUUGACAAAUUUCAGAAUUGUUGAAUACUUGUUGAGCGAUUCUAGAAGAGAUUAA